AUGGAUCUUGAUCCGUUGGCUUGCCCUGCCAAGGUGCCAAGGAAGGUGAAAUAUAAGCCAAAAGCUCCUGUCAAGAAAGUAAAGAAAGAAGUCCUUCCUAAAGUUGAGAAUGAAGAAGAUGGCAUUGAUGAGGCUAAGGCAGAGUAUCUUCUGCGCCGCCUUCAUGAAACAUCUUCAGGUAGGCCGAAGCCUGAAAAGAAAGCUCAACUUGCCCAAGUUGCAUUCGGUGUUGGAGAAACAUCUACCUUAAAGUCAUAUCAUCCUUCCAAUGGCACAUUCUCUGAUGGGAUUCCCAAAGUUGGGAAAGAAUAUAAAGAACCGUGGAAUUACUACUCGAAUUAUCCAGUUACACUUCCCAUUAGAAGACCUUAUGCAGGAAAUCCAGAAAUUCUUGAUAAAGAAGAAUUUGAUGGAGAUGAAGAGACGUCCUAUUACUGCCUCAAUUGUAGGGGUUCCCUUCAAAUACAUGAAUUCAAAGAGAUGGUGAUGAUUUACCUAGAAGGUAGCUGA